CAUAGCGUUAGGCCCACAUCUCACAGCAAUGGCUGGAGAAGCAUCGAGAGUUGCUGGUGGCAAGGGCAAGUCCAAACCGUCUGAGCAGGCGCCUAAGACACCGACGACAAGAAGUCAGAGAGCUGGCCUUCAGUUCCCGGUUGGUCGUAUUCAUCGUUUUUUGAAACUGCGGACCCAAAACAAUGUCCGAAUUGGCGCCAAGGCUGCUGUUUACACCACUGCAAUCUUGGAGUACUUGACAGCCGAAGUUCUGGAGCUCGCUGGCAAUGCUUCCAAAGAUCUCCAUGUCAAACGUAUCACACCCCGACAUUUGCAGCUUGCUAUCCGUGGAGAUGAGGAGUUAGACAUGCUUGUCCGUGCCACAAUCGCCGGUGGAGGUGUACUCCCCUUCAUUCACAAGAACCUGACCAUUCCGAAACCAAAAAAAGAAACCAAACCCCCUGGACUUCAAUGAGUCACAUCUGUCGCUCUCCACUGACCCCCCGGUUUUAAUCCCGAUAGUGUUGCUUGAUUCCCUGUGUUUAUCAUCGUAAUAUUUGUCCGAGUGAUGUACGCAUUCUCUACGGUAUCUCAUUUUUUCAUGAGCACACUCUUUUUUUUGCAUAUGUUACUUACAUCCAUGUCGUUCGUGUAUAUAUGAAAUAUUCCAAACCAAACAGAACAAAACGAACCGGGAUAUUCCGGAAGCUCAAGCCCCAGUUACAAUCUAAUUAUUCCAUCGCCAGACGUCGGGUGCGGUGGUG